AUGUCUUCCAACGGUAACACCAACGGAUCGACUCACAAAUAUGAUCCCUACUUUACACAGAGCCUCAUCGAUGCCAUGGGCCCAAAGACGCCCGACCGCGCACGAUUUGUCCUCGGAAACCUGAUCCAACAUCUCCACGACUUUAUACGCGAGACUGAAUUGUCUCCCGAGGAAUGGAUGAGAGGUGUUCAGUUUAUCAACUCCAUCGGGCAGAUCAGUGACUCCAAGAGAAACGAAGGCCAACGAAUCUGCGAUGUCCUGGGCAUUGAAUCCCUGGUGGACGAAGUCGCCAACAAAAUCAUGCUGGACAGCGACGAGACCCCGACAUCAUCCACGAUCCUCGGUCCAUUCUGGAGCCCUCACGCCCCAUUCCGUGAGCUCGGCGACAGCAUCGUCCAAGACCCCUACCCGACCGGCCGAGUCACUCGCAUGCACGGCGUGGUCAGCGACUGCAAGACCGGCAAGCCCAUCCCCAACGCCAUCGUCGACAUCUGGCAGGCGUCGGCGAACGGCAAGUACGAUUUCCAAGACGACGACCAGUCCGUCAACAACCUCCGGGGCAAGUUCCGCACCAACGAAAAGGGCGAAUACUACUACUACUGCUACCACCCGACCGCGUACUCUCUGCCCACCGACGGUCCUGCCGGCGUGCUCCUGAACCUGAUGGACCGCCACCCCAUGAGACCAGCCCACAUCCACCUCAUGGUCAGCGGCGACGGCUACAAGUCCGUGACCACGCAACUCUACCCCCGCGACGACCCGUACGUGACCAGCGACUCGGUGUGCGCGGUCAAGGAUGACCUGCUGCUGGACUUCAAGCCUUCCACAGACCCCAAGGCCCAGUUGGACCUGGAGUACAACGUCACCCUGGCUCCGUUGAAGCCCGGCCAGAAGGCCGGUUGGGUUCACACUGUUUUCUGA